ACACACACACAUGAAUAUAUUUCUAUACACAAACACAGACAAAUUUGUUUUGAGCAGACAUAUAUAAUACCUUAGAGCCCUUCCAGUACUGCAGAACUAUGAAAGAGUCCAUACGCAUCAAACGACUCCAUGCAUCAAGAAAUGAGCUGAUCAGUUAUGUAGGAGUACCGCCAUGGCUGAUUAUCAUGAACAAGACCAUAUUCUUUAGCAGCUGCAUUAUGCAUCCAAAUGCGAAGAAGAACGACUUGGACUACUUCUGCAUAGAUUGUCGUCGGUCUUUGUGCUCAAAUUGUCUUCCCACUCACAUGCGUCACAAGUACGUUAAGAUUCGGAGAUAUAUUUAUAGUGACGUUAUCAAUCGGCAAGACUUGUGCAAGCUCUUCAACUGUUCCGGCAUACAGACGUAUCAUACAAAUAAAGCCAAAGUUGUGUUCUUGAAACAAAGACCACACCAACACAACCAGCAGCAACAGCAGAACAAUGCCAGGGAGUACAGGUGUAUCAUCUGUGAAAGGAAUCUUCAAGAUAACUCACUCUAUUGCAGUAUAGCUUGCAAGGUUUUAGCCAUAUAUGAUUGUCAGACGAGUCAGAAAGAUGAAGAUCACCGGCUAGACAGCGUAACAAUUGGAGACAAAAAAAAACAUGCACUAUCUUUAACCAAGAGGAGGAAACUAAGGAGAAAAGGAGCUCGGCCUUCAAGGGCCCCGAUGUUUUGACUAGUAGUGAUCCAAAAACCAAAAAAGAAUAUUUUUCAUGUAUCAUCAGCUCUAAUAUAUAUAUAUAUAUAUAUAUAUAUAUAUGCAAUAUAGAACGAUUGUAAUGCGUACUGUGUACAAAGUGCUUGUGAUGUUUUAGUAAGCUUUGCUAUCUUAUAAUUCAUGAGUCCGUUAUCAAGGAUAUUUUUCUUAGAACCCGUGUAAUGAACCCAAUUAGCUUGGGCUUGCUCAAUGGGCUUCUUAAUAUUCCUUGGACGUAGUUCAUUACAAUAAUUGUUUCUUUAC